AUGAAUGACAUAGCGCCUGUAGACACUCACGGCAGCACGACCAAGGAAGCAACUCAAGUCGAGGAAGACGUACACGAGGAUGCUCAAGGGUCGUCAUCACGUGCGACAGAAGCAUCACCAGAGACGCGUAGAAGCACUUUCAGACUACGACCGAAGUCGAAGCAGACAUACAGCCACACACAUUUCAAAGUAUACAAAAGAAGAUGGCUCGGUCUAGCACAACUCGUACUGCUGAACAUUGUUGUCAGCUGGGACUGGCUGACAUUCGCCCCGGUCUCAACGUCAGCAGCAACGUACUUCUCCGUCUCGGAAACAGCAAUCAACUGGCUCUCCACAGGUUUCCUCUUCUCCUUCGCCGUCGCCGCUCCGCUGGUCAUCUGGACGCUCCACCGGUCCCCGAAGGAGAGCAUCCUUUGGGCCUCCGGUCUCCUUCUGGUCGGCAACUGGAUCCGGUAUGCAGGCACACGCGCCUCAGGCGGCAUGUACGGCGUUGUGAUGUUCGGGCAGAUACUGACUGGUCUUGCACAACCUUUCGUUCUGGCUGCGCCGACGCGGUAUUCGGAUAUGUGGUUCACGGAGCGCGGGCGUGUGGGCGCGACUGCGCUGGCGAGUCUGGCGAAUCCGUUUGGCGGCGCUCUUGCGCAAUUGAUAAACCCGCUCCUCGGCUCCGUCGACAAAAUCGUCCUCAUCAUCGCAAUCAUAACAACAGUCUCAUGCAUACCCUCCAUCUUCCUGCCCUCGGCGCCCCCUACACCACCAACCGCCUCCUCCAGCUUAUCCCGAACGCCAGUACUUGCAUCCAUCAAAGUCAUGCUGCGCUCGCCUCCGUUCUACAUCGUCUUCCUAACAUUCAGCGUGUACGUCGGCUUCUUCAACUCCUUCUCAUCGUUGCUCAACCAAAUCCUGUAUCCCUACGGCUUCUCCGAAGACGAGGCAGGCAUAUGCGGCGCGGUGCUGAUCGUCGUCGGCCUCGUGGUCGCUGGUAUCACGGCCCCAGUUCUCGAUAGAACGCACGCGUAUCUGCUUGGGAUCAAAAUCCUGUGCCCGCUGGUGGCGCUCAGCUACCUGGCGAUGAUAUGGGCGCCCCAGACAAGGAGCAUUGUAGCGCCGUAUGUGCUGAGUGCGGUGCUGGGCGCGAGUUCGUUUAGCUUGCUGCCGAUUGCGCUCGAGUAUCUUGUUGAAAUUAGUUUCCCGGCAAGUCCUGAGGUUAGCUCGACGAUUUGCUGGGUCGGGGGGCAGUUUUUCGGGGCGUGUUUUGUUCUGAUCAUGGAUGCGUUGAAAGAUGGGAGGAGCGUGGAUUUGACGAUGGUCAAUGAUGGAGGGACGAUUGAUAGUGAGGGCAACAUGCCGCCGGGGAAUAUGUAUAAUGCGUUGGUGUUUGAGGCGGUGGUGGGGAUGGUGGUCUUGCCGCUGCCGCUGAUGUUGGGGGUGACGAGGCUGGGGCUGGCGAGCGGAGAGGGGAGAUUGAAGGUCGACGAGCACAGAGAGGGAGAGGUGGCCGUGGGGCAGGAGAGUUGA